AUGUCCGCCCUCUUCCUCAAAGCAAGUGUAUCCAAAAAAACCUUGGGGUCAUGGCUUUCUUCAACAAACAGAGUGACUGUGACCUCUACCACUCGACCAAUUGUCCCGCAAUGGCCAACUGUGAGGUUUUCAGGCAGGACCGCUAGAUUGGGACCAACACCACACCGCACCGCCCAAACACCCACACGACGUUACAAUCACAUUUGGAGUAGCGACCCUAAAAAGGGCUAUAGGAUUUAUAAUGAGCCUUGUCUGCACCAACCUAGCAAGGAUGGCGUCAUGUCGUCGUGGUUGGGGGUUGGAGCUCAACGAGGUUAG